UCAACUCAACUUCAAUUUCAACUCCACGAGGCUGAAUGCUUGAUAGAACAGCCUCACUGCCUUCAGAUUGGCCUCGUGGAUUGUUCAUUGGCGGUGUGAUGCGGUUUUCUGCAGACGCAUCCUUAUUCAAUGGAGCAGUCUGCAGUCUGCCACCAUGAAAGAUGAGACUCUACCUGAUCCGUCACGCUGAGAGCGAACACAAUGUGGCCCAAGUCUACGCGGGCGUCACGGACUCGGCAUUGACGAACCAUGGGAUGCUUCAAGUUGAGAAGCUAGCGGGAUACCUUAGCCAGCAGGGUGUGCGUUUCACUCGCGUCUUCUGCUCUCCCUUGCAACGCGCUCGGGCUACAGCUGAUGCAUUGAAAAGCACUCAUGGCGAUACGAUGGGAAAACCGUUCGUCGUUCCCUGUCUUCGUGAGAAGGACUAUGGGUCGCUCGAAGGCAAGUCGUGGGUGUCCCCCAACGUCAAUGUCAAGGAGAAGCGUGACAGCUUUACCCCUGCAGAGACUUUCGAUGAAUUAUCCUCAAGAGCAAAGGAGUUUGUUAAGGACUUCUUGUUGCCUCUUCUACGUGAUGGCAGCGACAACCAUACAGUCGCUGUCGUGUCUCACGGAGUCAUACUGUCUGUCAUCUGGCGAACACUGAAACAAAUGCGUGUCCCACCAUGCUCGUCUUCUAGCUCUCAUGGUAUCCCGGGAGACCCUUUGGUUAUGUGGUCAAACACAGGUUACCUGGAACUCGAUCUUAGCAUGGCAAUGGCCACUGACCAGAACCAGACGGCCUUAUCCAACCUGGAAAUUUCCGUGUUGGCCAUUAACAGUCGUCAGCAUCUAACUAACUUGAAGCGCACUCGGGGCAUCGGCAACUCCAAACACGACCCAAAACAACAAAAGCUGGGAUCUUUUUUUCACCGUCGACAAUGAACGAUGAAUUUCCCAAAAAAGUUUCAGGGGUUAUGCUAAGAGCUUGAAUGUUUCUUGCACCAAUACGCAGUACAUGUAUUUUAUUUAUUAGUGCAAGUAGCAAGCAGAUUAACUACUUCUGAAUUAUAUGACGUCAUGAUAAAUG